CAGCGGGAGGACAGAGUUCAGUUUGGAGAGAGGCGACCAGGAUAACAGACGCAGUCACCGCUUCACACACUUCUUCUUCAAAAGCAAAUCUCCUCCUGCUGUUCUUGUAGCCCCGGACACUUUGCAUCCCUCACGGGCUCCCGUUUGCAAGAAAGUGAGAUGCAGAGGAGAGGCAGCGACCACAAGUGUUAGAUGAGCUGCGGCUCCGAGCGACAGAGAGCUGCUUUAAGUGCGUCUGGUCCCGCGGUGCUCCGGUAAGCUCUCCUCCUCAAAAAUGAAAUCCAGGAGUCAGGAUCAGAGUUUGUCUGACUCCACAGAGCUGGACAGAUCUUACGACCCGCUCACAGGUAACCCAUCAGCCAAACCAAAUAAAAAGACCAUUAAGCAGAGGUUCCUCAAACUGCUCCCCUGCUGUCGCUCUGGCUCCAGCCCCUCGAUCAAUCAAAACAGUGUGACUGAUGAUGGCGAACUAUCCACCGUGUGCUACAGACCAGAAGGGCUGGACCACCUCAUGCAGCAGACCAACUUCAGCAAGAAAGAGCUGCAGAUCCUCUACCGCGGCUUCAAAAGUGAGUGCCCCAGCGGUGCGGUGAACGAGGAGACGUUCAAAAACAUCUACUCGCAGUUCUUCCCUCAGGGAGAUUCCAGUAUGUAUGCUCACUUCCUAUUUGAAGCCUUUGACACUAAAAACAACGGGUCGAUCAGCUUUGAGGACUUUGUUAUGGGCCUGUCCAUCAUCCUGAGAGGCUCCAUCACUGACAAACUCAACUGGGCUUUCAAUCUGUACGAUCUCAAUAAAGACGGCUGCAUCACCAAAGAGGAGAUGACAGACAUCAUGCGCUCAAUCUACGACAUGAUGGGGAAAUACACUUAUCCUUGCAUGAAGGACAGCGCUCCCAAGGAACACGCUGACAAUUUCUUCCGGAAAAUGGACAAGAACAAUGAUGGCGUAGUCACCAUUGAGGAGUUCCUGGAGACUUGCCAAAAGGACGAGAACAUCAUGCAGUCCAUGCACAUGUUUGACAACGUCAUCUAAAGGCUGGUGGAUAAUGACCACUCCUAUGUGAUCGUUCCCACCUCCCUGGACCCUCUGGAGCUCUACUGCAGCACCCCUGCUCCCAGACAGUGGAGUGGUGUUCCCAGGCCUGUACAGAGUGGAGUGGGGAGCUCAUGGAAACCACCUGUGGAAAUACCAGUACCUCUUUUAAUUUGUGUCAGGAAGCAGAAUGACCACAAUGGCUGGUUUUCUCACGGGAGUCAAGUCUCUUUCCAAAAUGACUUGACCCUCGUCCCUUGGGAUUCCUAUUUUUGAAUACUAAUCUGCAGAAUGAUAAAAAGCUGGAUUGUGGUGUUGUAAGAUUAUGUAUCAUGACUGAAUGUUCACUAAUGUUAGUGGAGAUGGCUGUGCAGACAGUUAUAUUUACAGGCCAACUAUAUCUGCUCAGUAAUAAUUAGCAGUGUUGAAUGCUUUGACCAACAGUCAAUACUACACAACUGCAAUAUUAGCAAUCUAUGGCUCCUGCACUUAUACAAAUACCAUACUGAUGGCUGUAACUUAUGAUCUUCCUUACUGCAUGUAUUAUACUCAUGAGACAAAGAGGAGAGAGUGCGAAGAUGUACAGACACAUGGAACAAAUGGAAUAACACACUCAGUUUAUUAUGUUGUACUGUAUCACUCACACAUAAGCACUCAGACAGACACAAACACACAUGCUCAGAGUUCAUAACACACACCUUUUUUCAGUACAGUUUGAGACUGCUCUAAUAAAAGGAUGAAGUCUGAAAUCAAGCAAUAACUUCACAGAUUUUGACGUACCAUGCUGGUUUAUCUUAUUAUGAAAUCAGUCACAUAUAUCAUGGUGUAUUGUGUCUGCAUGAUGUGUCUGUUUUGACUAUGAUCAGGCAUUUACAACUUUUGAAGUGUGAAUAUGUUUUCUAUAUGGAGAUGGUAACAAUGAUGAUGAUGGCACUGAAUAAAUCUACACAGUUGCUAUGCAAACCAA